GGUGGUUUUCAGCUUCCGUUGUGCCUUAAUCUACUUUGUGCGGAAGUUCCCUUUUUCUGUGACUUUACACUCACAACAAGAGACAAAGUCCAGCCAUGAGCAGAGGAGCGACUAAGCCUGCGGGCCGAACCCAGGAGAAUGUCUCUUCUGUCCUUCUUUUGGAUAAGGAGAACCAGAAGGUGUUCCAGUUGCUGGGGAGGAAGUGCACGGCACUGGCAACAACUGUGGCGCAAUUAUAUCUAGCACCAAGCAAUGAUCACUGGGUGAAGCAGUGCUGUGGAGUGCUAUGUCUCGAGAAGGACAACCCCCGACGUUCCUACUUCAUCCGGAUAUACAAUAUUACGGAAGAGAAGCUGGUUUGGGAACAGGAAAUAUACCAGCAGCUUGCUUACCAAACUCCUCGUCCAUAUUUCCACACUUUUCCAGCAGAGGACUGCCAGGCUGGACUUAAUUUUGCAAAUGAGGAAGAAGCUGACACAUUUCACUCUGUCGUGGAGGAGAAGUUACAAAAACGGCAGCACAGACAAGAAAAACGCCAGACUCUUCCACCACCUCCGCCAGUUUUAGAUGAAAGAAGAAGCACCUUACCCCUCCCGCCACCCCCUGGAUCAGUCUCCAAUGGACCUCCCAGUCCGCUGCACCAAAUCCCAUCUCCCGGCCUCAGCAUGCCUGCCAUCAACAUCCAAAAUCCAGACAUCACUUCUGCCAGGUACCGGGCGCUGCCUCUUCCCUCUGAAAAGUCCAAAAACAAAAAGGGCAAGAAGAAGUUCUCCAAAGCCGAUAUUGGUGCACCUAGUGGCUUCAAGCAUGUGAGUCACAUUGGCUGGGAUCCUAAUAAUGGUUUUGAUGUGAAUGCUCUGGACCCGGAACUGCUGAACCUCUUUUCUAAAGCAGGAAUCAGCGAAGCACAAUUGAAGGAUGCAGAGACAUCCAAACUAAUCUACGACUUUAUUGAGCAACAUGGUGGAGUGGAAGCUGUGAAACAGGAGAUGAGACAGGGAGAUUUAACAGAUUUAACAGAUUCUGCCCCUCCGCCUCCACCCUCCCGCCAUGCCCCACUGCCACCUCCACCAUCACAAGGAAGAAGUAGAGCUGGUCCCUUGCCUCCUCCACCAAACAGGUCAACUGCUCCUCCACCACCUCCUCCAACUCGUGUCACUCCUCCUCCACCACCUUCUGGCUCACCAAGAGUACCUCCACCACCUCGAGGGGGUCCCAGUCCACCUGCUCCCCCGCCUCCACCACCUCCGCCAGCAGUUCCACUCCCACAGAUCAGUGGUGGUCCUCCACCUCCACCACCUCCUGGAUUAGCAAGUCCAGUGGCAAGUCCAGUGGCAAUUCCCUCCACCCCUUCUGGUAGAGGGGCUCUUCUGGACCAGAUAAGACAAGGAAAGCAGCUGAACAAGGUUACAGAACAGACGGAAGACCCAUCCUCCCCUCUCCCACAGGCUAGUUCUGAGGGCUUAGUGGGUGCUCUCAUGCAUGUCAUGCAGAAAAGAAGCAAAGUGAUCCAUUCUUCAGAUGACGAUGAUGAUGAUCCAGGGGAUGACGAUGAUGAUGACGAAUGGGAUGACUGAGUCCAUGACAAGCCAUCACUGGACCACCUGCCUUAUAACUAUGGCACAAUGGGUUUCUAUAUCUUGAGAUUCAUCCUCUUAUGACUAAAUAUUCAUUUGUAGAUCUUUGUACCAAGUGACUUGGAGUGUAUCUCUGAGAUUCAUGCUUUAUGGUGUUUUCUAAAAAACUGAAAUAAAAUAAGUAAUGAAUGAA